AUGCUUUUAAGCGUAGGUACAACUCUGUCUUUAAUUUGUCAAGGUCAAAUCAGAUUGAAUGAAUCAAAUAACUAUGAUAUGAUAUUGCAAGAAACACGCCUUGGAUGGAUCAUCGGUGGAAGUAUACUAUCUGAUUCAACAAACAAUGAGAGAUCUCUAUUACAAAAUCAGCUAACAGGAAUAGAAAGAAAAUUAAAAAAUUUUUGGGAAAUGGAUGACGUCUUUACUACUAAAAUUUUAUCUAAAGAAGAACAAACCUGUGAAGAACAUUUUAUCAAAAAUGUUAAUCGAAAUGAAGACAAUCAGUUUUUUAUUGCCUUACCUUUUAAUGAAAAGGUAAAAUAUUUAGGAAAUUCAAAACAAUCAGCUCUCAAUCGAUUCAAAACUCUUCUCCGAAAAUUCAAGCGCAAUCCAAUGAUUGAAGAAAAAUAUUCAACCGUAAUGCAAGAAUAUAUUGAUCUCGGUCACAUGACCGCAAUCGAUGAGAACUUUCAAGAAGAAGAAGGUUUCUACUUGCCACAUCACGCUGUCAUAAAAGAUUCCAGCCUCACUACAAAAAUGAGAGUUGUUUUCGAUGGAUCGGCAAAGGACGAAAAUGGUCUCUCUCUCAAUGACACUCUGAUGACCGGACCUACAAUUCAACAGGAUAUAUGUUCACUACUAAUUCGCUUCCUCACUCAUCAAUUCGUUUUGACCGGUGACAUAGAAAAAAUGUAUCGGCAAUUUUGGGUCAGAGAAGAAGACAGAAAAUAUCAAAAGAUCUGGUGGAAAGAUGCCAAUGGUAAAGAAAAAAUCUUUCAUCUAAAUACAGUCACAUUUGGGUUAUCUGCCGCUCCAUUUUUAGCCAUUCGUUGUCUACACCAAUUAGCUGACGACUUUAACAACGAAUUUCCAGAAGCUGCAAAGGUGAUUAAAGAAGACAUAUACGUCGAUGAUUUACUAACAGGCACUGAUGAAUUCGAAUCAGCAUUGAAUCUCCGAAACGACGUAAUAGAAUUGUUAAAAAAGGGACAAUUAAAUAUGCGACAAUGGGCCUCCAACGACCCUCGACUCUUGGAAGGACUACCUGAAAGUAAUGUGAAUGUUAAAAUGAAAUUUUCCGAAGAUUCAACAAUUAAAACUUUGGGCCUAUAUUGGAAAUCAAAUACAGACGAGAUUGCAUAUACCAUUCUUCCUAUAGCAACAAAUGUUAAAAUGACUAAGCGAAUAAUGUUGUCAGAAGUAGCGAAAAUAUUUGACCCGCUCGGAUUCUUGGGUCCAGUGAUAAUAAAAGGAAGAAUGAUUCUACAUCGUUUGUGGUUAGAAAAACUUGAUUGGGACGAUGCCGUACCUCUGAGUAUUUUUACAGAUUGGAAAAAAUACUCCAGUCAAUUAAUUGAACUAAAUAACAUUUCUUUUGAAAGGAAGGUGAUUAUUUCAGAAGCAAGGGAUAUUCAACUUCACGGGUUCUGCGACGCAAGUGAAAAAGGAUAUGGUGCAUGUAUUUAUAUUCGCUCCACGAAUAUUCACGGAAAAAUUCAAACACGUUUACUCUGUUCAAAGGCCCGUGUAGCACCAAUAAAAACCACUUCCUUACCUCGUCUAGAAUUAUGUUCAGCAUCUUUGUUAUCAGAUUUAUUCACGUCAGUUCAACAGGCCAUAAAACAUCAAAUUAAUCGAAUAAUUUUUUGGUCAGAUUCAAUGAUCGCUCUUCAUUGGAUUAAAACUCCACCACAUAAAUUAUUGGUAUUUGUGGGAAACAGAGUCUCAAACAUACAACAGAAAACUGAAAAUAGUGAAUGGCGACAUGUGAGAUCAACUGACAAUCCUGCUGAUCAUCUUCCCCGAGGAUUGUAUCCAAAGGAAUUCAUAGAAGAUUCAAACUGGAAAAAUGGUCCAAUUUGGCUCAGUCAAGAUGAAUCCACUUGGCCAAUCAGUGAACUAACUGUUUUACCAGAAAUCCCAGAAUUACGAAAAACACAAUGUCUUAUCUCUAACUCGAAAGGAAAUUCUGAAACUGAAACUGUUAUCAAGGAAAACAAUACGGAAUGUGUUGAAAAUGAAGUACCAUGGAUCUUAAAAUUUUCAUCGAUUGGUUUUUAA